AUGGGCAAGCGCAAAGUAGGUGCUCUCGAGAAAGUCGACGCUGACUUAUCAAAUCUCCAAUAUAAAGUGCGGCGCGAUCCAGCCUCCUACCGUGACGACUUUCAGAAUCAGUAUAGUCAAUAUGAGUCGUUCAGGGAGCUAUUUAUGCAGAAUCCCUCCAUAACAGAGGAUAUUGGCAUGGUCUCGUUCAGAGACUUGAUCGAUUUCGUCGCUCAUGUUGCGGACUGCUAUCCCGAUAUCACAGCGCGGUUUCCGGAGGACUUGAUGCAGAUAUUGAGUCACCACCACGAAGAGGUGGAGAUGGAGCUAAGGGAUAAAAUGGUUGGGAGCCUGGUAUUACUAAGGAAUAAAGACAUUAUUGAUUCUUCGACACUCCUGAACACUCUGUUCCCAAUCUUAGUCUCUACUCCAAGUAAAUCCCUCCGCGCUCUCUUGUUCACUAAGAUCUUAUCCGACCUCCGAUCGUCCAAUUCCAAGGCUACGAACCACAAGCUUAAUCGCACAAUCCAGACCGUUCUCUACAAUCUCCUCACCUCAGAUAGGGAAUCCCAGAAGGGCAUAUGGGCAGUCAAGAUAACGCGCGAGCUCUGGAAACGGCAGAUAUGGGCCGAUGCCAAGGCUGUAGAAAUCAUGAAGGAAGCUAGUCUAGCUGAGAAUGAGAAAGUUAUAACUGGUGGUGUGCGGUUCUUUCUAGGCGGAGACAAAGAGAGAGAAGAAGCUGCAGAUGAGUCUAGUGAUGACGAUGAGAAUAUCGAUAUGAGCAAACUCCGACACCAGGCUAACAUUAACAAGAAGACGAAAAAGAAAGAGAAGGAACUAAGAAAAGCCGCUGCAACAGUCAAACGGAAAGAAAAGAAGAAGAACGCUCCUCACCCACUUAAUUUUUCCGCGCUUCACCUCCUCCACGACCCUCAAGGCUUCGCAGAAACCCUCUUCUCUAGACAUGUCCAGAAUGCAAAGUCAAAACUCUCCCUCGACUCUAAACUCCUCGUCCUCCAACUCGUUUCCCGUCUUGUUGGCCUCCACAAGCUGACCGUCAUCUCACUAUACUCGUAUUUUCUAAAGUACCUGACACCACGACAAGCUUCCGUAACAUCAUUUCUCGCAUGUCUCGCCCAAUCCACGCAUAGCUUAGUUCCUCCAGACGUGCUUGAGCCCCUCAUACAGAAGAUUGCAAACGAGUUUGUAUCUGAAGCAGCGGCAGCAGAAGUUGCCGCUGCAGGUUUGAACUCGAUCCGAGAGAUUUGUGUGCGGCAACCACUGGCCAUGAACGACACCUUACUGCAGGAUCUCGUCAUGUACCGCAAGAGCAAGGACAAAGGCGUCAUGAUGGCGGCUAAAGGUCUUCUAAGUCUCUACAGGGAAGUUGGCGCCGAGCUAUUGAAGAAGAGAGAUAGAGGUAAAGAUGCUACCAUCGGGUUGCGUUCCGGGGAAAUUAAAGAGCGGAGGUUUGGUGAGGAGGAGGCAGGUGAGAUUGAAGGCAUUGAGUUACUGGAGAAAUGGAAAGAGGAGGAAAGACGCAAGAAGCGGGAGGAAGAGGGUUUACCCCCCGAUGCUCCUACAGACGAGGAAGAAGAUGAGGCAGAAGACUGGAAGAACUGGGAUAUUGAAUCUGACGACACUGAUUCAUCUGGUGGCUGGAUUAAUGUCGAGAGUGACGGCGAAGACAUCAACAUUAGCGAUUCUGAAGAUGAAAGAGAACGCCCGGCAAAGAAAGCCAAACUUGCCAGCGAGACCCCAGGACCCGAAGCAGGUGAGAAGGAGAACAGGUCAAAAUCUAAAGAGCCAGAAGCGAAGAAAAUCUCUAAGCUUGCAACGACACGCAUUUUGACUCCCGCCGACCUCGCAAAGCUCCAAGAACUCCGUCUCGCCUCCUCUGUGGUAUCCUCCAUGCCUUCUAACAAACGCCGCCAAGCCCUCGCAGCCCGGCACGCUGACGACCCUUUAACAGCUGCCGAAAUCGAAGCACCUGGACUACUUGGGAAGAAGACUACCAAGGAGGAGAAGAUCGCCAUGGCGAAGAAGGAGAAGGAAGAGCAUCAUCAAAGCACGACGGCCAAAAAGAAAGAAAAGAAGGCUGGCGAGGGAAAGAGCACGACGAACAAGGAGAAGGCGAGGAAGAAGAAUUUCUUGAUGACAUUGGGGAAGGCCAAGGGGAAGCAGAAGAGGAGUUUGGUGGAUGUGAGGAAGACGCUGAGGGGCCAUAUUGAUAGGCAGAAACGUGGUGGCAAGAGGGGAAACAGAGGAUAAUUUUCCUUAGAUG